AUGGCCAGAUUGUAUUAUCCCCUGAGCAUCGAAGGGAUUGAGGACGUCGAAGACUAUCGACCUGGUGGCUUUCAUCCUGUACAUCUCGGAGACGUGUAUGAGGAAAGGUAUAGAGUUCUGCUCAAGCUCGGCGCCGGAGGCUAUUCGACCACAUGGCUCGCCCAUGACUCUGUUGCAGCUCGAUAUGUGGCGUUGAAGAUUGUCAAGGCCAGCGAAACUUCGAAUUGCGUUGAACGUCAGACGCAUCAGUCUUUAUCAAGCUCACAGUCCGGCCAUCCGGGAAGAGCCCAUGUCCGUUGCCUCCUGGCGCAUUUCACAAUCACUGGUCCGAAUGGCAACCACUUCUGCCUCGUGUCGGAGGUGGCUGGGCCUACUCUACCCAGCCUAUACGAGAAUAGAGAGAGCCUCUAUGCGCGUAGAUUGCGCGCUGCUGUAGCCCGGAAGAUAUCGAAGCAAGUGGCACAGGCAGUCGGCUUCUUGCACUCGAGUGGGAUUGGCCAUGGAGGAAAGUCUUUCGUUUCUGUGCUCUCGUACGCAAGGACUAACGCUUUGACAGACAUCACAGUGCCCAACAUCUUGCUGAAGUUGAAGUCGAUAGAUGAGUGGACCGAAAAAGACAUUUACGAACGCUUCGGGCAGCCUUGCAAAGAGGAGCCCCGAAUGGUUUCUGGACUGAGCCUUGGACCUUCAGCUCCGCGGUAUAUCGUUGAGGCUGCCAGAGUGCCCGAGGAAAGGUUCCUCGCAGAAGAGGUCUUCUUGAUCGAUCUAGGGGUCAGUUUUCCGCUCAAGGAUCCUCCGCGACCACAAGACAUCGGAGUCCCUUUGAUGUACCGAGCGCCAGAGACCAUUUUUGAGUCCAGAUAUGAUAAGUUCUCAGACUUGUGGUCUCUUGCAUGCGUCAUCUUUGAGAUCAGAGCUGGGACGCCUAUAUUCGAAUCCUUUAUGGGCACCGAAGACGAGAUCAUCAAGCAAUGGGUUCAGAUGAAGGGGAAGAUGCCAGAACCUUGGUGGAGCAGCUGGGAUACACGGUCUUCUGCGUUUGAUGAAAGUGGCAAGCCUCUGCCAAGAGGCCCCGAUGCAGAGACAUGGACCAAUGAAUACCCUCUGGAAGAAAUGAUAGCUGACAUUGGUGAAGAUGACAAUGCAGAAGAGAAUGAGACAGCAGACGAUGCGCACAUCCAGCAAAAGCCGUCGCUGCUGGAGCUUGCUGGUACUAGAAUCACCAAGGACGAGGCGGCGUCUCUCAACGAUCUCUUGGGCCAGAUGUUUCAAUGGAAGCCGGAUGAUAGAAUUAGUGUUGAGCAGAUCCUUGAGCAUCCGUGGUUCGCAUGA